AUGGCACCUUGGUCUAGUCGUCUACUCAAUUCGAAUCCGCGAAGUGAAUCUGGCUCGAAUAUUGCUACCGUUGGUCCAGCACCAGAAUCACCAACAAAAAAUCGGGGAAGAGCUAGAGUAACUGAGGCGGAUAUCUUGGAUAAUGCUUAUGGUAUUCCGACUUUAACUACGGCUGCUCAGCAUGUUCGAUCAGGUCCCUCGGGUUCGAAUACCUCAAAACCGACUUCGAGCCAUGGGAGAUCUAUGAGCCAUCCUUUUCCAUCACUGUUUCAUAGCAAGAAGAAGGGGAGUGCGCCGGUACCGCCUGCGGCAGGGUUUUUUGAUGAUGACGAUGAUUUAUCGCCAGAAAAGAAUACCGGGGCAAGGUCCUCACGAGUGCCAGAUAAGGAUUUCUCGAUGGGAAAGUGCAUGACUUGCAAUUCGAGCGUUACUUGGCCGAAAGAACUUAAUGCGUUUAGAUGCAAAGUUUGUGCGGCAGUCAAUGAUCUACAGCCAUACGUACCGGCUCCGAGCGAUGGGCACAAAAUGAGUGGGGGUGGUAAGUCUACGACUUAUUCAGGGCUGAAUAAACCUCAAGUUCUUAAAGUUGCGCCAUUGUCCGUUGAGAAAACUCGUCGACUUGCGGAGAGAUGCAUAACCACGUACCUGAUCAAUCGACUGAAACAUGGGGGAGUCGACAUCUCGAAUACAUCAUCCACUUCGCCAAGAUCACCUACCUUUGCAAUGACAGAAUCUCCACAAGAAUAUGAGCAUCCUAGGCACUUCACAAACCAGUCCAGUUCACAAGCAGUUCCCAUUAGACCUCCCCCUCCUGGGCACGGAAAUAGUUCUGGGAAUCGCAUUGACUUGGACAUUCACAAGCAGCCAGGUCUACGCUCCAUGCCAUACUCAACUUCUUCCCCUGGCAGUUGUUUCGGCGCCCACAUGGAGAAACGUGAUCAAAUGGGCUCUGAUAUUUACGCUAACCCCUUGGCUAUUCAACCGCCAAGUAGAAGUCCUCCAAAUCCACCAGGCAAAUUUGAGGAACCUAUGCUAGGAAGACAAGAUAACGUCGCCAAAAAUCUCUUUAGACCCUUGGAAGAAUAUAUCAUAGCUUCAUUUAGCCAAUUUGAUUGUAUCAAUACUUCAUUCAGUACUACGCGACAAAAUCCCAUUCCUAGAGCUAGAAGUCAGAGUGGUCUAAAGACGUUUAUGGCCACCAUUCCAGACGAAAUCGACCCACAGUCAGAGACGCCUCUAGAAGAACUUGAUCCCAGAAUGCUGAUGUUGGGAGAUAUUGCAGAGAAUGGCUCUUGGUGGACUGGAAACCAGAAAGAUGCUGGGACCCCUGAGAAGACUCGUGCUCAACAGUCAGGAGACUCAGUACGUCAGAAUCCUCAUUGUGAUCUCACCACUGUCAAAUCGCCUCGUAUCGACUGGCCUGAUAUCAAUGAAUGGUACCACGUCGUAUCGAAUCCGGGAAGAAUUUGGCAUCGUAAACUAGAGGAACUAAUAUCACGUCGAUCUAGCCCAGUCGCGCAAGCGCCCACUGAUGGAGAGCUUGUCGAGAUUGAGGAUACGAUCACAGAGGCCCAGUCGUAUCUUCAGAGAACUGUAUUGAAGGCUACAGAGGGCCUGUUAAAACGUCCCGGACGUCCUUUAAAAGAGCCCGAUAAUCUUCGCUUUCUUUUGAUCAUCCUAGCUAACCCUCUUCUGUACCCUGGAAGCAGUACUCUGCCAAGAAAUACAGGACACAAAGUUCCGUCGAAUGUUCAGAAAACCGAAGCUGGUGAUUUCAAUGUUCCUAAAAUCAGAGGACAGCCACCUUCUUCCAAACCACUGCCGAACGUGACAAAAGGAGCCUCUGGCCAACACUCGGGAAUCAUCAAACGAAUUGUAGGAUUACUUUCAAAUACUCCGAAUGAAUGUCACCAUCAUAUAGUUUCAUGGUUUGCCAGAUAUCCAGAAGGCCAUUUCCAGCGUACCACAGAAUUGGUCGGCAGCUUUGUCACUUACAGGCUUACCAGGCAGCAUGGGAAGCCUCGUGAGGUCGAUAAGGCUAUUCCUACGUCCGGCUUGAUUCCUGAAAUGAGUGCUACUGCAUCUCACAAUAAUGUUGCAGCUUUUCAUGCUGCUCUUCAAGCUGGACAGACAACUAAUAAGAAAAAGGAAACGAAGCCAAAAGCUGUUGUGUAUAGUGACGAUUGGCAAAUCAAGGCAGCUGCUAGGGUAAUGGCACUCCUUUUCUCGGCUAACAACAGUGGGCUACAUAGGAAAGGCAAAUUACUUAGUAGCUUUCAACCGCCAGCUGAUUAUUCGUCGAAAAGUACGGAGUCUAGUAUAGGAACUCCUAUUAGGGCUCUGGCUGGCCAUGGUCAGAUGUUACCGACAAGCCACUUUUACAAUACCUUGCUUGAUUAUUCCGAUUUAGUCGCAGAUUUUGAGGCUUGGGAAAGUAAGCGUAGCAAAUUUGCCUUUUGUCAAUAUCCAUUCUUUCUUAGCAUUUGGGCAAAGAUCCAGAUCAUGGAGCAUGAUGCUCGUCGUCAAAUGGAAGUUAAGGCGAGAGAAGCGUUCUUUAACAGUAUCAUGACACGUAAAAAUGUCAAUCAGUAUCUUCUUUUGAAAGUCAGACGAGAGUGCUUAGUCGAGGAUAGCUUAAAGGGAGUGAGUGAGGUUGUGGGCACUGGUGGCGAGGAGAUCAAAAAAGGGUUAAGGAUAGAGUUUAAGGGUGAAGAGGGUAUCGAUGCAGGUGGGCUGAGGAAAGAAUGGUUUCUUUUGCUCGUGAGAGAUGUUUUCAAUCCUGAUCAUGGCAUGUUCUCAUACGACGAGGACUCUUGUUUCUGCUACUUCAACCCUAAUAGCUUUGAGACGACCGAUCAGUACUUUCUUGUUGGGGCUGUACUUGGUCUGGCUAUAUAUAACUCAACUAUUCUCGACGUGGCGCUGCCUCCUUUUGCUUUCCGAAAAUUGCUCGCUGCCGCCCCCGCUGCAGCACCCGGUGCAACAUCACAUGCGAAGCCCUCUAUGACAUAUUCUUUAGAAGAUCUUGCCGAAUAUCGGCCAGCUUUAGCUCAUGGUCUGAAACAACUCCUUGAGUUCGACGGAGACGUUGAGGCCACCUUCUGUCGGGACUUUGUAGCAGAUGUUGAUCGCUAUGGACAAACAAUACAAGUGCCUCUCUGCCCUGAUGGCGACAAAAAGCCAGUGACGAACUAUAACCGGCGAGAGUUUGUAGAUCUGUAUGUAAGGUAUCUUUUGGACAAUGCCGUAGCUCGGCAAUUCGAACCUUUUAAACGCGGGUUCUUUACGGUGUGUGGAGGAAACGCACUAUCACUCUUCCGACCCGAAGAAAUCGAGCUUUUGAUUAGAGGCUCCGACGAGCCUUUAGACAUUACCUCUCUGCGCGCAGUAUCCGUGUGUGAACAUUGGGGCGCACCGAAUGCAGCCGAACGCGAACCCGUCAUCCAGUGGUUUUGGGAAUCCUUCCAAAAAGCAGAUCCGAAGGAUCAGAGAAAACUUUUGAGUUUUAUCACCGGCAGUUCUUGUAUUCCGGCCAUGGGCGCAACAAGUUUGGUUAUAAAAUUGAGCUGUCUAGGCGAUGAUAGUGAGAGGUUCCCUGUGGCGAGAACGUGCUUCAAUAUGUUGAGUUUGUGGAGGUAUUCGUCCCGGGAGAAGUUGGAGGGGAGACUUUGGAGAGCAGUGCAUGAAAGUGAGGGUUUUGGGUUGAAGUGA